AUGCGUGUCACUGCUACCUUUGGUACCCUAAUCAUGGGCGCGAGCCUCUGCGCCGCUCGCGCUUGCGUCCCCCAUCCUCGGUUGACAACAACAUCGUCACUCACCAGCGAAACUGACACUACAACGGCUGGAGGCGCCGCCACAACGACCACUUUUCAAGAGACUAUCAGCGUGACUGAGUCUGCGUUAACCAUCGAGUCGUCUGCCACCGUAGAAACUUCUUCUGCAGACUCCGCCACUACAGAACUGGAGACGACUACUUCUGGCGUAAUCUCUCACGAAACUUUGAGUGUCACUGUGUCCCAGACCAGCAUUGAAUCGUCUGCCACUACGACCGAUGGCAUUAGCUCUUUUACUACCAUCCUCGCAUCUACGACUGCUGUCACUUCCCAAGAGACCGAGACCUCUACGACCGUCGGCGACGCCACGAGCACAGCAAUCGAAGCCACUACGACUACCGCUGACCCUCCCGUAAUUACCGAACUCGUCGUCAACGGUGGUUUCGAAGACUCUGCCAUUGACCCUUGGGUAGUAGAAGGAGCGAUCGAUCCGACAAUCUACACUGGCAACUCUUUCUGCCCCGAGGGUAGUCAUUGUCUGGAAAUACCUGGAGACUUGGCCAAUUCUGCCAGCGUCUGCCAACGCGUCGCUGUUGAGGCGGGCUUCGAGUAUACUUUCAAAGCAAAGGUUGCCCAGUGGUGCAUCAAAGAGUUUGGUUCAAACGCAAUCCGGUGUGAUGACAACGCUAACAAAGUUGAACUGUCCAUUGAUGGGGUAUUCAAGUCUGGUCAAGAUGGCAUCAUCGGGUCGACGCAAACCUUUAAAGACUUUACCUACACCUUCUCAUAUACCGACCCAAGCAUUGAUUCUACUGAUCUUUGUAUUACCUUGACGCAGAACCAAGGGAUUAGCCCUGCCUUCAACCUUGAUGGCGUUUCUUUCACGCGUGGGCAAUCUGUGCCUAUUCCUGACCCGACGGAGUAA